AUGGCAUCACCAGCACUCGCCAACCCAGGCACCACGCUGCAGUACAUGCACAGUACGCACGACUCCUUCGCCGUACGUCGUUUGGCGGGCACCGAACCGCUGUGGAUGUACCGUGCUUGUACCCCGUCGUCCGUCCCGUCCCACCUAUCCGCCAAAUCGUCGACUCGAUCGAAACACGCUCCUCCUCCCCCCCCCCCUCCCUCCUCCUCCUCCGCACAUACCGCCUCCUCCUACGCCAACCCCAACGCCAGCGGCGUGAAUCAAAUCGAAAGACGAUUCCCGCAGAGUCGACCGCCUCCUUUCCUGGCCGCAACGCCCCCAACCCCCCCCGACGGCGGCGGCGGUACGAUGGCGGCACCGACGGCGGCUUCCUCGACGGCGGCCCCGAUGGAGGACCUGCUCGACCAGCGCCUCUUCGUCACCUUCGACGAUGCCUACAAGGCCAUCAAGGAUCACCAGUACCAGCGCGGCUUCGUCGCCACCUCCAAGAGCGUCAGCACAAACCGCCAAGGCCAGAAGCGUGGCUACAUCUGCUGCCAGCGGUCGGGAGAGUACCGACCCUGGGCUCACAACGCCGGCAAGAAGAAGUCGUCGACGAAGAAGUCGGCCUGCCCCUUCUCCGUCUACAUCUCCUUCUCCCGCGCCACCGGCACCUACGCGGUCCGCGUCAAGCACCAGGAGCACAACCACGAGCCCCUCUCGGAGCUGCGGGCCAACAGCCGGUACCGGCUCGACUCCCAGCGUCACUUCGGGCCCGAGAUCUACCGGCUCGUCGAGAGCCUCAGCAAGGAGAACAAGACGCUCCAGCAGAUCGCCCGAUGCAUCGGCGAGGCCCACCCCGAGAUCUCGAUCCACUUCCGCGACGUCUCCUUCAUCAGGAAGCAGCUUCGCCUCGGUCGCGUGCCCGCGUGCCCGCCGGCCCAGCCCUCGACCGAGGUCAUACGCCGAAACCCGAGCGCGCCCUCGCACCGACCCCUCCGCAGCGGCAUCUACGCCCCGACCAUGACCUUUUUCGAGCCCGCCACCGAGGACCUCGACAUGGUGAGCAUCAAGACGCACGCCCAGCGCCUCGUCCGCGCCGGCCUCGUCGGCCUCGUCGCCAUGGGCUCCUACGGCGAGGCCGUCCACUGCACCCGCAACGAGAAGGUGGCCGUCACCCGCGCCACCCGCGAGGCCCUCGACGCCGCCGGCUUCCCCGCCACGCCCAUCAUCAUCGGCGCCACCGAGGGCAGCGUCCGUGGCACCGUCGAGCUCGCCGUCCAGGCCAAGGACGCCGGCGCCGACUACGCCCUCGUCCUCGCGCCCUCGUACUACAAGACCCAGAUCGACAAGGAGGCCAUCGUCGGCUACUUCACCGCCGUCGCCGACGCGAGCCCGCUGCCCGUCAUCGUCUACAACCACCCCGCCGUCGUCGCCGGCAUCGACCUCGACAGCGACGUCCUCAUCCGCCUCGCCCAGCAUCCCAACGUCGUCGGCACCGAGUUCACCUGCGGCAACACGGGCAAGCUCUCUCGCGUCGCCCAGGCCACCUUUGCCCAGACCCCCUUCGGCCAGGGCUCCGGCUACAUGGCCUUUGGCGGCAUGUGCGACUUCACCCUCCAGACGCUCAUCAGCGGCGGCAGCGGCGUCAUCGCCGGCGGCGCAAACGUCAUGCCCAAGGUCUGCGUCCGCGUCUGGAACCUCUACACCGACGGGAAGCGGGAAGAGGCCGAGGCGCUGCAGAAGAUCCUGAGCCGUGGGGACUGGGCCUUGACCAAGGCCGCCAUCGCCGGAACAAAGUACGCGAUCCACGCCCACUACGGAUACGGCGGCUUUCCGCGAAGGCCGCUUAAGAAGCUGAACCAGGCCACCGCGGCGGCGAUACAAGAGGGCAUCCGCGAAGUCAUGGAUGUCGAGAAGAGCCUCUAG